GACAUAUUCUUUUCAUCUAACCAAUCCUGACAGUUGCCCAUUAAUCAUAACAAUGUUACAGAAACGUCUGUUGGUUAAAAUCUGGAUAAUACACUAGUCCAUAAAGAAUAGUCCAUUCAAAAGAUGUUUGAUACACGAAGGAUAAAACAAUUAAAAUCAGUAUUGAAAUGGAUAAUACUGGUAUUUUUAAUUACCUUCAUUGUAUGUAUACCAUUUCGAAGCUCGAAAAAUGAUAUACAAUUAACUUCCUACAAAUUAGUCCAAGCAUAUGUGAAUUCUGGGAUCAUAAGGUCAUUUCCGUCAAAUCCUGUAAUUUGUAAUGAAAAGGAUGUUUUUCUAUUGGUUAUGGUUCCAAGUGCAGUGUCCAACUUUGAACAGCGAAAUGCCAUCAGAAGUACUUGGGGCAAUCUAACAAAUGUGAAACCGAUUGUUCUUGUGAAAUUUCUGCUAGGGAAAAGUAAAAAUACCGCACUUCAGGAUGUUGCAGCAACUGAAAACCAAAUCUACAAUGAUAUUCUAUUUGAAGACAUUAUAGAAGCAUAUGAAAAUCUCACAAGGAAGUCUAUUGCUAUGUUGCGUUGGGCAUCAAUGCACUGUCAUCGCGUUCGUUAUCUACUAAAGGUAGAUGACGACAUAUUCUUAAACCUUCCCAGACUUCUGGAAGAACUAAAGAAACAUCCUAGAGAAAAUUCAAUAAUCGGAUGUAAGGUCAAGGGAUCCACUCCAUUUAGAUUUCCAUUUACAAAAUGGAGAGUGUCAAGAACACAAUAUAAGGGAAACUACUAUCCAGACUAUAUAGCCGGAACUGCUUAUCUGAUUAGUGGUGAUAUUUUACAAAAACUGUACAGUGCAACGCAACAAGUUCCUUAUUUUAUAUUCGAGGAUAUUUACAUUACUGGCCUAUGUAGGGAAUACAUUGGCGUCCGUGCUGAAGAGCACAAAGGCUUUAGCUGUGGAUACCGCGAUAAAGGACCUUGUGGAAAGAACUUCAGAUAUGGAAUCACAGGACAUCAUUAUAGUCCAUCAGAAAUAAAAAGGAUGUGGCUAGAUCUACAGGAUAGAUGGUCCAACUGUCGAAUUGAAGAUUACUAUUUCAUUUACAAACUUGUUGAUCUUUUUAGAUAUAUUUUUCUUUGAAAUAAAUGUUAAUUUUAAUAUUCUUUCAAACUGACAAAUAAGUUGUGUGAGUUAUUAUGUUUUGAUCAUAAAAUAAAGAAAUUAUUUGUUAAUAUUGUGCCAGAAAAAAAGGAGAGUGAAGUAGCUUUUUUUUUUAAUUUUUCUAAUUUUUUCUUUUAUUAUUUUUAUGUUAAGAUAUUUUUUUCUAUGUUUCACAGGAAAAAUCAGAAAUGUAUCUCAAAUCAAUAGCAAAGUUUCUGUCAUUCUGAUUGGAAUUAAAUGGAAAACAAGACAUAAUUUUAUAAAGGAUAUUGCAUACCAAUUACAUAAUUCAAAUGUUCUCGUAUGGAAGAUUUCUCAGGGAUCACAAAAAGGUGCAUUUGUGGGACCUUUUCCAUUAACGGUAUGUAUUUUCAUUAUAAUACGUCUGCUUCAAAUGAAAACAUUAAAACACAUUUGAAUUUUUUUUCUAAAUUAUGUGGUUUUGUCUUCUUGCUCUUAGCUGUAGAUUUUCCGAAACUAAUUCAGAGUUUUAUUUGAAUAAAGAUGUCAAAAGAU